UAUCGUGGGUGACUCUCGACAGCCAACUAUGAUGGCUCAUUCCAGGAUCCUAGAGGUCACACUCCUUUCCGCCGAAGAUCUUCUCGAGGUCUACAAAACCAUGAAGACCUACGCCAUUGUUUGGGUCCAACCCGACCGGAAACUCGCAACCGGUAUUGACCAAACCGGCGGAACCCAUCCUGCUUGGAAUGACAAGUUCUCGUUCCGUGUCGAUGACAAGUUUCUUAGCUCCGAGGAGGACGCUAAGAUUUUUGUUGAGAUUUACGCGGCUGCUUGGGUUAAAGAUGCCUUGGUCGGAUGCGUUAACGUUAACAUCAACGAUAUUUUCCAUUUACGCUCCGUUACCGACUCUAAGAUCAACAACAACUCCACGGCUAGAACCGUCACGCUUCAAGUCCGCCGUCCCUCGGGCCGCCCUCAAGGGAUUCUCAACAUGGAAGUUUCCCUCGUUGAUAGUACCAUGCGUAGCUUGCCUUUGUUAGAAGAACCUAUACCAAAACCAACUGAAAAUGAUCACCACGAGGACGAUGAAUCGCAAAACGACAAGCUAAAUGUAAACGUUAAUGCGAAAAUGACCCGUUCACAAAGCGACAGAACCGAGUUAAAAAUGGAAGAUAACUCAAUGGAAAGGCCUGUAAAGGGUUCGACUAUCAAUGGUGGUUUCGAUGCCAGUGAGUUGGACGAUAAAUGCAAUGGCAGCAUGGUGAAUGGUGGUAGCAUGGUGAACGGUGGCUCUGUAUGUAGCACCGAUGUGGGGCCAUCAGCUUCCGUGGUAGCCGCCGCCAUUGCACAUGGCUUGUACAAACCACCGGUAAACAACCAAGUUCAGACGAAAGAAAAUUUAAGAAUAAAGGAAUGGACAAGGAAAGAGAGAGAAGAAGAAGAGCUAGAAAUGAAGAUAGAGAGGUGGGAAACGAAAAUCCCACCGGCGGCAACCGUAUCCCGGAAAUCGAUCAGAGGGAAAAAAGGAAAGGGAGGGAGUACCAAGUUGUUCUCAUGUUUUAGUAACUCAUUCGGGAUUGAGAUUUCCAUUACUUGUGGAGGAAAUGAAGCACAAGGAGGCAUUAAUGGCAAUGGCAGCAAUUAUAAAGUUUAUCAUCUAAGCGAUGCGGAUGAUGAUUAUAGCCAAUCUAUUGUUUGAAUCUUAUUCAAUUCACAUAUGGAACAGCAAGAAUUCGAAGCUUUAAUUUUAUUUUUCUCCAAAAUAUGAGUUAUAUAGUUGCCUUUUUGGGGUUGGAUACACUGUUGUCAA